AUGUUUUGUUGUUCGACAAACAAACCAACUCACAAAAAGUCAACCUAAAUAAAAAUCCAACAUUAAUCUUUCGAUCAAUCCAUUAAUCAAGAAUUAGAUAAUCAAUAAAUCGCGACUCCACCACAAGUUCCCAAAAAAUUAAUGAAAAAUCCUCCACCGUAAUAAAAGUUUUUCGGAUAAACUACUAAAUCAGAAUCUAAACUAAGAGAUUCUAAAUUGAUUUAACCUAUCAGAAAUAUUUAGCAUAAGGCUUAGAAUCCUUUUAAAAAAUUCGAAACAUACAAAUUAUUAAAUAUUAAUGGCAAUACUGAAUUUUUGGCUGUCAAAGAAUCCUAUACCCUACUCAUCAACAAGCUAACAGCUUGA